AUGGAGCAGAUCCUCAGGGAAUUUAUGGUGAAACACCUAGACAAGAACAAGGUGAUCAGGAACAGCCAGCAUGGAUUCACCAAAAGCACCGAGUGCAAGGCGGGCUGCCACCCGGACAACGGCUUCUGCCACCUCCCGCACGAGUGCAGGUGUCAACCUGGCUGGCAAGGAGCUCUCUGCAAUCAGUGCGUUCCUUUUCCUGGUUGCUUGCACGGCAGCUGUGCCAAACCGUGGCAAUGCAUCUGCGAAGAAGGAUGGGUUGGCAGCCUCUGUGAUAUAGAUAUUCAUCCUUGUUCUUUGAAACCGUGCACAAAUAAUUCAACUUGUAUAGAGACUGGAGAUGGAGGAUAUAUUUGUUUGUGUGCCCAGGGAUUUACAGGGAAAAACUGCCAUCUGAAGAAAGGGCCCUGUGUUAUUAAUGGCUCUCCUUGUCAGAAUGGAGGAACAUGCGUUGAUGAUAAUGGGUUUGCACCCCAUGCCUCCUGUCUGUGCCUUCCUGGUUUUGCUGGCAACUUUUGUGAAAUAGAUACAGAUGACUGUGAAUCCAACCCUUGCAAAAAUGGAGGAACAUGCACAGAUAUUGGUGCAGGCUACAGCUGUCAUUGCCCCCAUGGUUAUACAGGAAAAUCCUGCAGCAGCCGUGUUAUAUUCUGUGCUAGCCACCCAUGUGAAAAUGGAGGAACAUGUAAUGAACAUCCUGAAAGAGGAUUUGAAUGCCUUUGUAAGCCAGAAUUUGUUGGUGGAACCUGCAAACAUCCCAAAAGAAACACAAGUCUUGAUGGCAUCAAUAUAGAGACUAAACACACAGAGAGUUAUAAUUUACCCCCAAAUGCUCAUCAACAAUCAGUGCAUCAUCAAGAACAUGAAGUCUUGAAGAUAACAAUGAAAGAAACAAUCCAAAAUGCAGACCCUUUGCUCAAUAAAAGCCAGGUGAUAUGUUUCAUUGUACUGGGCUUACUUACCUGUCUUGUUGUUUUGGGUACUACUGGGAUUGUAUUUUUCUCAAAAUGUGAAAUGUGGCUUGCGAAUGCCAAAUAUAGCCAUCUUCUCCGGAAGAAAAAGAAUUUUUUUUUGAAAUCUAACAAUGGGGAGAACCUCUCAGUUAACAUUAUUUUCCCAGAGAAGAUCAAACUGACUAAUUACACCAAGAACUAUACAGCCAUCUAGGCAUCUUUGAAAGCCUAGCAGCAACUCGCAAGAUUUAGUAGCAAUAUGUAAAAUAUAUUCAACUUGUUACCUGUGGUGGCCAUCCAUGUUAGUAGUUACAUUUGUUGUAGUUUGUGCUGAGUGGUAAAGAAAUAUACUGUAUCUGUAUUGUCAAAUGAAUUUUUCAUUUCCGAAAAUAAAAGUUAAAAAAAAAAAAAAGGUUACAAAGCAAGGGAUGUUAAUCUAAUUUUUUUAAGGCAUCUUUUUUUUUGUAAAAUAAAAAUAUCUUGCCACAAGAGCUGUUUUCAGCUUUUUUGUAUUGUGUACAGCCUGUUUGGGAAAUACGGUACUUGUAAAUUACUUAUUAAUCUAAAAAUGCCUAUUUUUAAAAUAAACACUA